UCGGCAGCGCCAUGGAGCGGCCGCGGCCGCCGCCGCUGCCCCGGCUGCCGCCGCUGCCCCGGCUCCUGGCCGCCGCAGUGAUCGUGGAGUGUUGUGCACAGCUCUGCCCUGGUCUCGGCAGCGGGACGGGCUCUGCGCUGGGCGCUGCCGUUCCCUGCGCACACCUGGGGAGCUCGGCAGGGGAGCGCUGCCGGACAGAUCCAGAGCGAGGAGCUGGCACUGGGCAGGCACAGAUGUCAGAGGCCGUGGAGCAGCUGCAGACAGAGACCGAGCUGCUGCCCUUCCCUGGGACCCCUGCCGGGACUGCCAAGCCCUCCAGCCCCCAGGGCAGCCCCGGAGGCCCCUGGGCAGGUGGGGAGGGCUCAGGGCCUGCGGUGUGGGAUGGAGCAGCCACCAAGCACCCAGGGCCCCCCCUCUCUGCAGUCAGUGCUGUGGAGGCAGCCACAGGCAGUGAGCGGUCGUCACUUGCCCCUGCACCUGUGGAGCUGGACACAGCCCCUGCCCCUGCCAAUGACCCUGUAGAAAACGUGACAGAAGGUGCCAUGAUCUCACAGAAUACUUCCUCACGUUCACCAUCCUCUACCAUGGUGCCUGGCUCUGCUGAGGGGAAGUGGGGGUCUCCCAGCACCCUGCCAGGAUGGAACCCCUCAGGGACAGGGCUUGCACAGAGACAGGGUGGCUCACAGGGCCCCUUGUCCAUGGAACCGUGGGCUGGGGAAGGCCCAGGUGUCACUGCGCCACUGGGUGACAGCAGCACAGGGACUCGCCCGAGCAUGGUACCAGCCGCGGUCAGCUCUGUGCCAGGGACAAUGGGGACGUUGCCCUUUGUGAGGAGGCUGCAGAGGCUGCAGAGCCCCACGGGAACACUGCGGGGAACGUGGCAGGGGCUACCAAGGACGGCAGGAGGACAGGAUUCUGACUCCCACCUGUGGCAAGGGAUGGACUUUUCCCAGCAGGGCCCUCACACCACUCUGCCGUCUCUGAAGGCUGGUGGCCGUGGAGGGACGGGCCCAACCUCGCUGCCUGCUCCAGGCAAGGUGUCGGAUCUGCCUAUCCCCACCACCAUGGCCAGCAUCCCAGAGGUGACAUCCCCCAGCCCAGCGGGAGCCCUGGACCCAGCCACGUGGGUAGUGGAGCCAUUUGACACAGAGAGUCCCCCUGAGCACAGCCAUGUUCCCCUGGACCAGACCUGGCACCCACCAGUGGUGUCAGGGCAGCCCCUUGCCUCUGUGGCCCCAGUCAACACCACUGCAGCGCAGAGCAGGAUGCCAUACACCAGCCCAGGGUCCCCACGCAUCCCUCCAUCUCCACAGCCUGCCCCAACCAGUGGCUCUGCCAGGUCCAUAUCUCCAACCCUGCAGCCUUUCUUGGGGACCAGCCAGGGUGUCCCAGGGCCCAGCCCCACUACAGGCACCCCUGUGGCAGGGCUGUUCCCGGACAUGGGAGAGGAUCCUGCUGAGACCCCCCAGAUCCUGGGGGGGACCCUGGUAGGGGUGAGCGAUGCUGAGCCCUGGGCAGCAACUUCUCCACAGAGCAGGCAACCAAGCAGCCUGUCACCCACCAUGGCCCCUGACCAUCCCCAGCAGCCGGCUACCCCACACCCUGUGUCUUCCCGGGGACCAACCACCUCUGUUGGCAUCACCACCACCGCUGUCCCUGCCACCGCUGCCACUACCAGCCCAGCACUCCUCGGGGAAGACAUGGGAACGGUCACGCCGGAGCCUGAUGCUGUGGUGUCAGAGGAGGAUGCGGCAGGGCUGACGUGGGGGCCCCCACCUCAUCUGCCCACCACAGUGCUAGCCCCCCCCCAGCAGCCCACCGAUCUCCCAGGGACCCUGCGGCCUCGUGAGGACUCUGCGUUUCCCCCAGCUGCUGGGGACACAGGCCCGGUCCAGCCCUCGAGCAGCCCUGGAGGGUGGCCAGAUGCUGACACCCACCAAGUGACGCCAGCCCUCGAUGUAGCAGGCAGGGCCCCUCGGGUAUUCAUCGUGGAGGAUCAGCCACCCCUCCUAAGAGCAUCCCUCCUCCGCAUCCCCUGCGAGCUGGUGCUGGACAUGGGGUUUGUUCCAGCCCUGCAGGACCCCGAGUCCCAUGAGCGCCAGGGGCUGCUGCACAGCUUCAACCAGACGGUCACGCCUCUCUUCACGUCGGUGCCCGGGUUCCUGCGGCUGGAGGUGACCGGGAUCAGGGAGGGCAGCGUGGUGCUGGAGUACGACGCCCUGUUUGCGGCAGAGCGGGUGCAGGCGCCAGGGCUGGGCGCGCUGCUGGACGCUGCGCUGGGCUCCAGCAGCGCCCGGCCGGGGCUGGCGGUGGGCACGGCCCUCGUCCUGCGCAACGUGGCUCUGGAGCGGCCCCUGGACCCCUGUGCUGUGCUCUUCACCUGCCGGGCCGGCUUCGCCUGCGUGCCCAGGGCAGAUGGGAAUGCCACCUGCACCUCCCUCUGUCACCGCAACUACUGCAAGAACCAUGGGAUCUGCACCCACCCCCGGGACCGCGAGCCCCUCUGCCAGUGCCCUGUUGGCAGCGAUUUCUGGUUCAUGGGGCUGCGCUGUGACUACCGGGUGACGCAGCAGAGCCUGCUGGGCAUGGCCGCGGGGGUCCUGCUCAGCAUCAUCCUCCUGGGCGCCAUUGUUGCUGCUGUUGCCAUCCGUCGGUUCAAGAUGCUGCUGCUGGAGGCCAGGGCCGACCAGACCCGCAGCAGCUACCGCCGGUUCUGCCGCCUGGACGACGUCUCGGCCCAGUACUGGUCGUGCUCCCGGCUGCCCUCGGUCAGCUCACUGGACAACCCAGCCUUCAGCAACUCGGAGGAGCUGCUCCACUUGCAGAUCCUGGACAACGGCUGCUGCAGCUGCCAGGAGGACUCGUCCUUCACCAACGGUGCCAAACAUGGCCCUGUGCCGCCCACCCGCCCGCCAUCCAGGCCCAGUUUCCAUUAUGACUGGGACACGAGCUCUAGCAGCAUGAACGAUCCCAUGGUGGACUCGGGCAAAGCCAGCGACAUCUCUGUGUCAAGCUGGCCCAUGGAGCCCAUCCAGUGGACACCCUUUCCCCUCCUCCAUCAGCUUUCCAGGCAGCGGCCGAGCCCGACGGCCUCACUCGUACUGCGAGGGGAUGGAGCUGGUCACCCUCGAGAGGAGCUGGACAGCCUGAGGGCCGCAAGAGCAAAACACAGGCAACAAGGUUCAGCGUUUAAAACCAACCACAUUUUAUUUCCACGUAACAAGCUCAAGUGAAGGAACUUCAAACACUUGGACAAUACAAUCAACGCAAGGGUGAUGUUGGUUCCACUCGGGGCAGAGUCCCAGAAGGGCUCCUGCCCGCGUCUUCACCACGGUUUCGGACCAGACCUCAGGAGCCAGCUUUGGCUUGGGACAGCGUACUUCAUAGUAAGGAGUUACAGAAAAGUGUCUAGUAACACACAAUGCUGGCAUCCAACAGAGUUAAUGACUUACAUCCAGCAACUUGAAAAUAAAGUCUUAACAGGUUUCCGAAGUCACAUCAUACUAUGUACAUCUAUGGUCUGCCCUACAGCCAUUUCAGAACAAGCUAAGCCACUGUGAAAAGUGAAAUACAAAUUAAGCGCUGCUGCAUUGUUCAUCAUGAUUAAUGUAAAUGAGGUAUAAAUUUAAACACCAGUACAUUUUAAGCAUUAAAGUUUAUUUUCCAAAACGCUCUCCUUACUUGCGAGUGUCCUCUUGAGCAUCGAGCUGGGCACAAAUGGUGGGGGCAUUUGGAAACGGGGCAGCUGAAGA